AUGGUGAACCCGCUCGUGCUUCGCUCCUUCAUGGGCCUUUUCUCUGAUUUCGUGCGAGCAGGGAAGAAAAUGAUAGUGCAGGUGCAUGCACUGACAGUGCACUAUACCACCAACGGCCAAGUGCCAGAGUGUUAUGACAGGGUGCUGCAGUACGUGCAGGCAUACGACACCCCCAUGCUGGGCCUACAGGAGGAUCUCAGGACUGUUGCUCCCCGAAUCUCCAAGGCUGUGGACGCCGUUGCUCCUAUUAUUCUCGCAUGGGAAGACACUCAAAAGCUUCGUGCAGACGUGUUUGUGAAGCCCUUUGCGUCUUGGCCUGAUGUGGCAUCUGCUCCCCCGCCCUGGGACCUCAUGAGUGAGGAGCUGGUGAGCGUGGAGGAAUACAGUGAGUGGGCGCUCUUCGCCCUGCUCACGUGCCCUGUGGAGAUUGUGAAAGGCACGCGUGAUGCUGCUGCCCUUAUCCAGACGCUUCUCCACACGAGGGCUAUCAUGCCUCUCUUCAGGGACGAGGUGCUGUGUGUGCAUGCAGAGGCGCAGCAGUGGACGGUGUCCCGCAUGGGGGAGGGGAAGAUGGCAGCACAAUCACCUUUCCCUUUGUAUCAUCUUUCUCUUCCGUCUCCUUCACUCCCUACAGUCUCUCCUUCACUCGCGCGCCAUACUCCCUCUGUUCAGGGACGAGACUCUCCUCCACUUGCGGGCCAUCGUGCCUCUCUUCAGGGACGAGGUGCUGUGUGUGCAUGCAGAGGUGCAGCAGUGGGCUGUGGGGCGCAUGGGGGAGGGGAAGAAGGCAGAGCAAUCACCUUUCCCCUUUGUAACCCCUUCUUUCUUCUCUUCCCUCCCUCUUCCUCCCUCCCUUACAGACUCUUCUCCACACGAGGGCCAUCGUGCCUCUCUUCAGGGAUGAGGUGCUGUGCGUGCAUGCAGAGGUGCAGCAGUGAGCGGUGGGGCGCAUGGGGGGAGAGUGCAGCACAAUCACCCUUCUUUUGUUUCUUUUACCCUUCGCAUCCUUCCCUAUCCCUCCCUCCCUUACAGACUCUCCUCCACACGAGGGCCAUUGUGCCUCUCUUCAGGGACGAGGUGCUGUGUGUGCAUGCAGAGGUGCAGCAGUGGGCGGUGGGGCGCAUGGGGGAGGGGAAGAAGGCGGCCAAGGCAGCAGCGAGGCACAGAGCACAGGGAGCAGAGGAGGAGUAUCAGCGACUGAGGGAGUGCUGUAGACUGCUGGGUGGCAUGCACGCUUGUCUGCAGCGAAUGGCAGACGCGCACAGGAGGAGGCGCUUUCUGCUGGGCCACGAGGGCAGGCGCCUGCUGCUGCUGAGCAUGUGCGUGUGCCUUAAGUCUCCUCUGCCUCCCCCCCAUACAAACAGUGACCUGGUUGGCACUGCCGGCAUGCACGCGUGUCUGCAGCGAAUGGCAGACGCCCACAGGAGGAGGCGCUUUCUGCUGGGCCACGAGGGCAGGCGCCUGCUGCUGCUGAGCAUGUGCGUGUGCCUUAAGUCUCCUCUGUCUCCCCCCCAUACAAACAGUGACCUGGUUGGCACUGCCGGCAUGCACGCGUGUCUGCAGCGAAUGGCAGACGCCCACAGGAGGAGGCGCUUCCUGCUGGGCCACGAGGGCAGGCGCCUGCUGCUGAGGCUGGCGGACGAGCCCUCGCUGCUGCCGCCCAUGCUGCAGCUGGUUCUAUCCGUGCUGGCUUUACUGCGAGCUGAGGUGCACUGGGCUAUCCUGCACACCUCCUGCCUCGCCCAGUCCGCCCCCGUCACGGGCCCAGAGGCGGACUCAGUGGCAGUGCUGAUCGACUCCAUAGGCGGACUCAGAGGCAGUGCUGGUCGACACCAUGGCCCAGAGGCGGACUCAGUGGCAGUGCUGGUCGACACCAUGUUCCGCCUCGUCUCCCUCAUUCAGACCCACAUGCUUGCCAUCCAGGCGCAUGUAUCGUGGCAGGUGCAGUGGGGAGCGAGGCGGGUGAGAGAUUUGAUCGCACUGCCAGCUGUGCGCCAGCUGGCGAUGAGCGCCCAGCUGGAGGCCUUCUUCUGUGACAUGUCAGCGUCCAUUCUGGCAGCCGCCCGGUUCCUCUGCGAUGCUGACGUGGCAUGUGCUGGCGGCGGUGGCAGUGACGGAGGGAGCAGCAUGGACUACGAAGAACGGUUGCAGAUGCACGCUCUGGCCUCGGACCAGCUGGCAUGGCACAGCAUGAGGAGCGAGUGGAUGCAGCUGCAGCUGCUGCUCUCGUCACCCUUCACUACUGUGUCAGCGAGAGUGCUGCAUCUGGUGUCGGGGGGGGAUGAUGGGCCCACCAGUAUCGUCACGGAAACCAACCGCCUAUAUAUGUGGAGCAGGUGCAUUGAUCAGCUGCCAGAGGCGGUGGAUGAGCAGGCCUCGUUGCACCUCAUGUGCUACUAUCGGCCGCAGAUGACUCAGGUGUUUCGCCAGGUGCUUUUCUCCCCUCACGGCACGCCAUCACACGCCGUAGGAUGGCUCAUGGUGGCACAAGCUUUCCUGCACAACCUGCCACACUCCCUGCCAGAUGAGCGCCCAACCCUCCUGCCAACAGCAGUGCAGUUCGCCGACUCGCUACUACACGCCAUCAUGGGAGGAGUGGACUCGCUUCUCUCUGCGCUACAGUCAGACCAGGGGCUCACUGGGCUGCACAUGAAGACGCUACCAGCAGCAGCAGCAGUCCUACUAGCAACCACCACUCAAGCCACAUCCGCUCACCACCAGUCACUCACUCACCCCUCAGCAGUCAAGCACCAGUUGCUGCAGCUGCUUCCAGGGAGUGAGAGCCAGCCGCACAACCGAGCACACGUUGCCGGCAUAAGCGCAUCACUGCACAAGCUAGUGGGGAUCGUGUCAGCCAUUGACGGCCUGCCACCUGUCAGAGUCGCCGACCAUGCCUUCGUGCCCCGAGAGUACCUGCGGGAGCGCCUCACCCGCCACUUGCACCACCGCCUGCGCUCCGCCAUUCUCCCCAACGGCCACCUGCAGCGCCCCUCCGCCUUCGAGUCCUCCCUCACGAGCUUCCUCCUCCUCCUCCUCCUCCUGCAGCAGCACUGCUCCCUCGACCUCUCUCGCACCAUCCGGGAGGUUCUUCUGGGGGAGGCGUUUCCUAGGAGGGGCGGGGAGAGGGCGGAGAUGGGGGAAGGGGAAAGGGCAGGGAGGGGAGAGGAGGGGCAUGGGGAGGAGGUAUAUGAGGAGCAGGUUUUGGGGGGGUGCAGGGACUUGCACCCGCUGUAUCGGCCUGAGUGGGAGCGGGAGAAGAUUGGGGGGAUGGGAAGGGGAGGUGGUGGAAGGGGGAAGACGGGAGAGGGAGGAGUGGGAGUGGGGGCGGGAGGAGCGUGGGAUGGGGAAAGGGGGAAAAGGGGUGGGAUGGAGAGAGGAGGGGAGGAGAGUGGAUGGGUGGAGAGAAUAGGGGAAGAGAGAGGAUGGGAGGGGAGAGGAGGGAUGCAUGGCAAGGCAGUGUCGAGCUCACUAGAUGCUCGGCUGAGGAAGAGUGGCGGAUGGAAGGGGAGAUGGUCUGUGGGAUCCAAACAAGGCAAGGGCAUGACUUUAGGCAUGGAAUCAGGCAUGGGAAUGGGUGUGGAGGAGAACAUAUUGGAGGAGGGUUUGGAGGUGAGGGAAAGUGGGGGCGGAGGGGUACGAGGGGUUGAAGGGGGAUUAGGGGGUGAAGGACAGGGGGAGGCUUCCAGGCAAGUGGAAGGAGGUGACGGGGGGUUUGGGUGGAGUGAAGAUGGGGUUGUUGGUGGUAAUGGUGAGAGCUUUGAUGGGCCGAGUGCGGCUGUGAUUAUAGCCCGGUGGUACGUUGACAAUGUGGUGUGUGACUGUAACGAUGCCGGGGUGCUGUUCUCUCCGUUUGACGCCACCUUUAGAAGCACAGCAUGGGGGGGAAGUCUGCCAUCUUCAUCAGCAGCAGCAGACGCAGCAGCAGGAGGAGGAGAAGGAGGAGGAGGAAGAACGGCAGGAAGAUCAGGAGGAGAAGGAGCAGGCACCAGCAGCAGCAGUCCAGUCAAAGUUGGAGCAGCAGGUCUCCCGCCUGGCCAUCUCACUCCUCCUGUCGCCUCCUCUCCUGCACUCGUCCCAGGAGCAGCAGCUGCAGCAGGCGCGUUCACCCCUCUCCUGCCCUUCCCCAGCCCCAAUCCCACCCUCGCUACUCCUCCCACUUCCUCCUCCAUCUCCUCCUCCUCUCCCUCCUCCUCUGCCUCCACCUUUCCAUCCUCCUCUGCUGCAUCCCCGUUCACUACGGCGUCCCCUCAGACUGCUGUCUCUGUGUCUUCGAUCCUUGCCUCCUCCCCCAUCUCCCCAAUCCUCACCUCGCCCAAUUCACUGCCCCCUGGUGCAGCAUCUGCUGCUGGAUUAGUAGCAGCGGGGGCAAUAGGAACAGACGCAGCAGGAGGAGCAGGAGGAGCAGGAGGGGGACGGGGAGCAGCAGGAGCAGGGGGGGAAGCAGGGGUUGGGGCUCGGCCGGUGAUUGCUGAGCUGGUGGCGGAUGGUGCUGAGCUGGCGGCGUUUGUGAGGCUGUUUGGAUUCUACGGGGCGGAUGAGCUGGCAGGGCGGGUGUUGAGGCGGGUUGCUGCGAGGUGCGGGGUGGGAGGAGGGGCAGCGGGAGCAGCGGCGGUUGCGGCGGGUGGGGCGGUGGUUGCGAGUGGGAUGGGGGGAGCGGGGGGGAUGGCGGGGGUCGGGGGAGGGGGAGGGGAGGAGGAGGUGGGCGGAGGGGGAGGAGGGGCGGAUGGGACGUUUGUAGAGGUCCUAGAAUUGCUCAUGGAGAUAGGAGGAGUGGGGGACGGAGCAUGGGCCAUGCUGCCCUUUCUGUUUGCUAUCAUGCUGGGAGGGGAGUCAUGGGAAACCUGUGUAUACUUCCCGGAAAUACAGGGCUUUUCGGAUAAUGCCAACUGUUUGAUUCGGGCUAUACACGUGCUUCUGGUGGGGUGCGAGCGGGCGGGGGCAGAGAGAAGAGAGUUGAAACGGGAGCUGCUAGCGCAGCAGCGGAUCAUGAGAGGAUCCAAUCGCAACUCGGAGGAUUACGCUGAUGACGACGAGCCGACCGACCUGGUCCGGAUGGCGGGCGGCGUGGCCGGCAUGAUGCGGACGUUUGUGCAGCACGCAGCGAGUUUCGUCCUGAAUUCCUGGGAUAAGGGCCCGCGGGGUGCGUGGGCUUCAAGAGUGAUCUUCUUGGAUCAGCUCUGUCUCUUCUCCCCCCAUCUGCCUCGAUCGUCCACCUUCCCCUCACUCUCCCCGGAUCUCACCUUACCUGCCGCUUUCUCGAACCAAGCGCAGCUGUCAGCUACAGGACAGGAAUUGCCGCCCAGCACGGAUCCCCAACAGUCACAUCUGUCACAGUCACAGCAGCUGCGGUCACAGCUGCAGCUGCGGCUGAGAGCAGCAGAGGGCGGGAGCGGGAAUAUAGAGCAGUUAGAGCAGCAGUUAGAGCAAUUAGAGCAGCAGAGGCCAGCAUAUGCAUCGUCCACGCUGCUGGAAAUGGCACAGAGCUUCGAAACGCCCCAGCAAAACGCGCCUGCCACAGUGGCAGAAAGGAGUGGGGGGUAUGGGGGCCAUGGGGGGAGGGGAGGCCGAACCCCCACUGCCGCUGCAGCAGCUGCUGCAGCCGCUGCUGCUUCUGCCGUUUCCUUUGGCUAUGGUGCUGGUGGUCCUGGUGUUGAGGGCGAAUACUCAGGUGAAUUUUCAGGUGAGGUGUCAGGUGAGGGUGGGUCUCCAAGCCACGCACCUGCCAUGCGUUGCCUGCCCUCCACGCCUCAGUCCCUGGCAAGAAAGCAUGGCUUCUCCCACCACUCCCAGCAGCAGCAGCAGCAGCAGCACAGCAAGGCGCACUCUCCCUCUGUCUCGUCUCAGGGCUAUCGGAGGCAGGUGCGAUCUGGGCCGUUGAUUUCGGGAGCAUCGCACGAGCAGAUGGACGUUGGAGAUGCUGCGAUGGGUGUGGUCAGGACCACAUCUUCUCAUCCCCGUGGGACUGCUGCUGCUGCUGAUGCCGGUGUUAGUGGUGCUGGUACUGGUGCUACUGGUGGUAGUGGUGCUGGUGACGCUGCUGGUGCUGCUGCUGCUGCUGGUGGUGUUGAUGGCACAGGUCAGACAGAUGGUGACUGGGAGUACGGUGCAGAUGGGUUUGACCAGUUUGGGGACGGUGAUGACUUCUCUCCGGCAGACGUCUUUGCUGAAAUCGGCCGGGCUGCUGCUGCUGGCAGUGGCAACAGCAGGGGCGAAGGGGCCUGGGAGAGGCACAACCAAGGGCCAGCUGCUACAGGAGGAGCAGGACGAGAAGGUUCAGUCGCGUCUGCUGCUGCUGCUGAUGCGGCAGAUGCUGCCGCUGCCCGUCGCAUGCCGGCCGCACGGAUUAAAGCGGCUGUGCUGUCAGCCCUGGGCUUGACUGGCCUGGGGAUGGGGAGAAGGUCUGGAGGGAAGGAGGACCUUCGACCCGCUCCUCCUGCCUUCUCCUCUGUUUCUGGCGCUCCUGGCGCUGAUGGUGAUGCUGCUUUUGUGUAUACAAGUGCUAGUGCUGGUGCUGCUGGUGUUGCUGGCGGCGGUGGUGCUGGUGUUGGCGUGCGUAAUAGCACGGGUGGGGGAGGAUGGAGGGGGUUCAGUGGGAACCUUAAACCCUUUUCUCCCAGGAGGAGCAACGUGGGGGGCCAUGAUUUGACUGGACAGGGUGGGGGCGUGGGAGGUGAGAGAUGGGGGGAAACGGGUGGAGAGUCAGGGGUUGGAACAGGGGCAGGGACAGGAGGGAAGGGAUUUGAUUGGACGAGUCUGAAUGACUUGCAGCAGCAGCUUUGGCAGCAGCUGCAGCAGCACCUGGACGGCCGCCGAGCCUCGCUCGGAGGUAAGGGAACAGCCUCGGCAAGUGGAGUUUUGUCAGAUGCAGGCACGGUUGGUGCUGCUGCUGCUGCUGGCUUUGGUGCUAGUGGUGGCGGUGGUGGUGGUGGUGCUGCUGCUGGUGCCGGUGCUGCUGGUGCUGGUGGUGGGAGUGCCGAUGCACAGGCCCCAGAAAUGAGUUCCCGAGGGCAGGCAAGCCCAGCAGUUGCAGCAGCGGCAGCAGCUGCUGCAGCAGGCCUCGUACCCCCAUCCCUCCAAGCAGCAGCAAGACAAGAAGGCGACGGCAUGGCAGCACUGCAACGCGCCAGCAGCAGCAACAGCCGCAUGGGAGCAACCACUGCUACAACCAUUUCCACCCAUGGUGCCACCCAAGGAAACCAUCUCCACUCCUUGGAACCGCGCAAGCGGAUAGACGUGGUGGGAGUGGAGAGGCUUGGGUUGCAUGAGCUGGACGCCAAGGUGCUGGGGCUGAAGAGUCUCAACAUCCCAAAGGGGAAGGACCGGACGGAAGACGAGGUGUUUGAUGAGGAAGUUCCCGUUGCAAAGGGGGAUACUGUAAAGAAUCAAGGCAGGAUGUCCAACGAAGGCGAUGCCGUAUGGGCCAACCUUCGUGGGCCUGUGGGCGUCUGGCCAGUACAGCUUUUGUCAAACCUUACGGAAGAGCAACAGGAGGGCGAGGGGCCCCCUGUGCUUGUCAAACUUCUUGGUGUCAAGCCUAAUACGAACUUAUUGAUUGCCUCGCAUUCUUUGCGUGAGUGGACUGCGGCAGAGAGUGGCAUGCACAUCAAGGAACGAAAGACCAAACCGAACGAGUUUAUGGCCGCAGUCAGAGAAGCUCAACUGAUUAAUAGCAAGCCUGAGUCAGAGAAGGCGGUGGUCCCUGAACCCAGUGGGAGUGGAUCAGGGCUAUGGAUAAUACUUGAUGCAGAUGUUUCUAACGACGAGCAGAAGCGACAACAGCAGCAGCAACAGUUUCAAAAAUUGAUCCAGCAAUUGCAACAGAAUUCAUUGCAACUGCUGGAGAAACACGAGCCGUCGCUGCAAGAGCAGCAGGAGGGUGGGCAGCAGGAGGAUGGUCGGCAGGAGGAGGAGGGUGGGUAG